UAUGCCGUGACGCGUGAAUGUUGUGUCUGAGGGGAAGAUGGCGGACUCAGUAGCGGCUGGGCUUGGAGACGAAAACGAUACAGAAAACGAGGAUAAGGAAAGAGAGAAACAUCUCGUCGGCGGUGUCAACAAGACGAAGAAACACAUCGGCGCUUCAGACGUUACAGAAACGCUGGGAUUUUACGAGAGAAAUGCGAAAAGUAAAGAAAGAAAGAGCACUGUGUCAGAUCUCUCGCUAGUGAGGUUUAUCAGUGCUGAGCUGACAAGAGGAUAUUUUUUGGAACACAAUGAGGCCAAAUACACAGAGCGGAGAGAGAGAGUCUAUACCUGCCUGCGUAUUCCCAAAGAACUGGAGAAGCUGAUGAUCUUUGGGUUUUUCCUUUGUCUGGAUGUGUUUCUGUAUGUGUUCACACUGCUGCCUCUCAGAGUAUUGUUAGCUCUGAUCAGACUGCUGACGCUGCCCUGUUGCGGCCUCAGGGCUAGUAUAUGCCCCUACUGCAAAAAGAGCAGUGGAUCUCGUAUCUUGCAGCCUGCUCAGGUAUGUGAUGUUCUCAAGGGUUUCAUCAUGAUUCUGUGUUACUUCAUGAUGCAUUACGUCGAUUAUGCCAUGAUGUACCACCUGAUCCGGGGUCAGUCUGUCAUCAAACUCUACAUCAUCUAUAACAUGUUGGAGGUGGCGGAUCGGUUGUUUUCUUCUUUUGGUCAGGAUAUUCUGGAUGCUUUGUACUGGACUGCCACAGAACCUAAAGAGAGAAAAAGAGCACAUAUAGGAGUGAUCCCACAUUUCUUUAUGGCUGUUCUCUAUGUCUUUCUGCACGCCAUUUUGAUCAUGGUCCAGGCUACCACAUUAAACGUGGCUUUCAACUCGCACAACAAGUCACUGCUCACUAUCAUGAUGUCUAAUAAUUUCGUUGAGAUCAAAGGAAGCGUAUUUAAAAAAUUUGAGAAAAACAACCUCUUUCAGAUGUCCAAUAGUGACAUUAAAGAAAGAUUUACAAACUACACCCUCCUACUGAUUGUCUGUCUUAGAAACAUGGAGCAGUUCUCCUGGAAUCCAGAUCAUCUGUGGGUGUUGUUUCCGGACGUGUGCAUGGUCAUCGCCUCAGAGAUCGCGGUGGAUGUUGUCAAACAUGCCUUCAUCACCAAGUUUAAUGACAUCACAGCAGAUGUCUACAGUGAAUACAGAGCAAGUCUAGCCUUUGAUUUGGUCAGCAGUAGACAGAAAAAUGCAUACACAGACUACAGUGACAGUGUGUCGAGGAGAAUGGGCUUUAUUCCUCUUCCUCUUGCUCUCCUGUUGAUCCGGGUGGUGACCAGUUCUGUGAAGAUCCAAGGCUCUCUGUCUAUUGUGUGUGUGGUGCUGUUUUAUCUGGGUAUGAUCACUCUAAAGGUGCUGAAUAGUAUUGUGUUGCUGGGAAAAUCCUGUAUGUAUGUGAAAGAGGCAAACAUGGAGGAGAAGUUAUUUCAGAACCCCCCUUCCGCUACACCCAGCAGAGCUUCCAGCAGGGCACAUCGAACCAAACACACACAAGAACCACCAGGUGAGCCAAUGGAGGAGGGCGUGGCUUCAUCAGUAACCACUCAGCCCACCCACAAGAUUGAAAGGCCCGCCCCUCAACUCCCCACCAGCGAAUCAGAUCAGUUCCUCACGACACCAGAUGAAUCAGAAGAAAAAAGCCUCAAUCAGGACGAAUCUGAACUGGCACACAGAGCUCCCAAAAAAGACUUGUUGGAGAUCGAUCGCUUCACUAUCUGUGGUAACCGUAUCGACUGACAUGAACACACACCCUCGAGUUCGAGAGUGAUUCCAGGUAUGCACUGAAAUGCCCGCCCUCUCUGCCAGUUGGUUUUUUCUUUGAACCUAAGCUAUUCAGAAUUGGGCAGCGAGAAACUACGGGAUAUUUAUUAAGUGUAGCAUCUAAUUUAUUUAAGACUUCGAAUCAAACACACUCAUACACAAAGAAUCACAGCAACACCAAGUUUUCAUGCUCUGAAGAUGUUUGACAUCACCAGCUUGGGUCACCUAUGGACAGGGGAGGAGAUCUUGGUCCAGUGGCCAUCGUGCAUUCCUGUCAUAAGGGUCUCGAAUGAAGAAAAUGAGAGAGAUUGUAUUAUAACGUUAUAUUCAGCUACUAGUCUGAAGAUUCCAUUCAUAAGUGAAAACAUAGAUGACAUUUUUGAGGAUUCAGAUAUGUGUGACAAAUUUAUCUGCAGGUCAGAGACGAAGGUCAAAGCUGGAGUGGAGAAGACUUUUUCCAUUCAUUUACAAUUUCUGUCUUAUACCUUCAACAUUAUGAUACUUAUUCCAAUUAUGAUUCCAGAUGUUGUGGCCAUUAAUUAUCCCUUGCUAAUUAAUAACAAAGGCUUAAAUACGCUUUCAAUUUUUCUUUUUUAAUUUAUUUAAGAGCACUGUUUGAAGGCAGGUUUUCAGAAGGUUAUAAUUUUCCAUUAUUAUUUUGUGUAAUGCUUUAAAGACCAUUGUAAGUGUGACAUGCCCAUCUAUUUACACCUUAAGAUUCGGAAUAUGGUUUAUGAGCACAUUUUAUGUUUAUUUGCAUAUGAAGGAUGCAUGUAUCUAUGCAAGCCAGUUGCAUGGAAACAAAACUAAAUAAGGUCCAGAAUCAUAACAUGUUAGUUCCCUAGUUUUCCAGCUAAAAACAUAGUUGCUAAAUUAUUUUUCCAUUUAGAGUUCUCUAUUGAUGAUAUGUACAGUAGGUGUCAGGUGUUUAACAUAAAUCAGUCCCAUAUCCAGACAAUCCAAAUUAUUGCAUUUGCCCCAAUUUGCUGUGAGUCACAGAAUUUUUACCCAAGGUUCUUAAUGUGUUACACGGAUGCAAGACUGCAUCUCGAACGUUGGGGGGGGGGGCUAAACAUUCAGGGCUAUAUUUAUUAAAAAUAUCAGUUUCUGAUUAUUUGGGGGGAAUGUCCACCUCAAUGUCUAUUGUGGUUGCGGCCCUUCACGGAUGUACCAAGUCUAGCAUAUCUAAUGAAAAAUAAUACCUUGGUGCUAGUGUUGAGAGCAGAUGCUAAACACUAUUAACAACAUUCCAGCAUGUCAAAAUCUUGACCAAAGCUAAACUGAAAAUAUAUAAACUUUUCCCAAUAUCUUUUGUGUCACAGGAUCCAUUUUUGAGUGUAUGAAUUCAAUUUUCAUAGAUUGUAUCUCUUUACACAAUGUUAUAAAUUAACAGACCACACUGUUAUAAAAAUCAUUUUCUUUUGAUGUUAUAAGGGCAUAUCAUGUAUUAGUGCUGGGUUUCAGAAUUUAAUGUUUAUUCACCAAUUUUUACAAUUUAUUUCAGUGCAUUUUUUGCCAUAAAUGAUUGAAUGUUUUUAUUAACUGGAUUCUGUUGUUACAAAGCCUUUUCAACAGGAAGCUGUGACAUUCAAUCACAGUUUAUCCAUUAAAGGGUGUUUUUCUGUGAUUAGUUUGAACUAGUUAUAGAUCAGCACAAAAAAAUUAUUUUUGCUCAAAAUAUCCAUAAUGUACAAACCAAUUCAUACUCAAAUCUGUAUAUUUUGGUAUAGUGACAUCAAUGCAUAUUAUUUUCAACUUGUGAGAUUGUUUUCUUCUCCCCUAUGACUGUUGUCGUAUUAGUCUGUUAUCACUGUGUGUUCAUUACUUCUGAGCAUCAAAGGUUUUUACAAAUUCAUGUUUUCUGUAGAAACUGAGAAGGAAUGACGAUGUUAUAUCCCUUAAAUGGGAUGUUUCAGAGACAGAUCUGUGGAGAGGAAUCGGGCAUUGUGUAAAUAAAUUUUUUUGUUGUUUUGUAUAA